UUAUGGGAACAUAGUGAAACAAGCUAGUAAGUAACCUUGCGGAAAUUUUAAAUAUAUCUGUGAUUCAGAUGAUGAUUUCACACAUACGGGUGACCUAUUUAUGGUUUAACUACUUGCACUUUAGUGGAAAUUUAAAUGCGACCUUGUAAUCUUGAGACUAGAGACCUGGAUCUGUCGACUUUUAGAUAAACUUGUGUGAUUUUUAAUGACAGCAUAACAGGUUAGAAUGGCGCCAGCGCAGCAAAACGUUGUCGAUGUGUGUGAGGCGGGUGAAGCGCAAAUAAAAAUGAGACUCUUGGACAAUUGCUAUAAAGACUCAAGUGGUUUGAAAGUGAUCGAAAACAAUAAUGUGAUACGUGAAGACGCUAGUGAGAAAACGAACAGUGAUAACUUCGAUAUAAGCGUUUAUGAAUCUGUGGAAUUUAGACCGCGAAUAAAGUGGCCGGAUUUAUUAGUGCAGUUAUCGUUACAUUUAGUUUCUGUGUAUGGUUUAUUUCUUAUGCUGACCAACAGUGUUAGAUUCUACACAACUAUAUUUGUAUUCGCGACUAUAUUCGUGUCUGGUUUUGGAAUAACGGCUGGUGUGCACAGGCUGUGGUCACACCGGGCGUACAGAGCGACAACGCCCCUGCGAGUGAUUCUUGCUCUCCUUUUCACUAUAACUGGACAGCGCGACAUUUACACGUGGGCACUCGACCACCGUGUGCAUCACAAAUACUCCGAGUCGGUAGCAGACCCACACGACGUGAGACGCGGCUUCUGGUUCGCGCACGUAGGCUGGCUGGUGCUCACCCCGCACCCUGCCGUCGAGAACAGGCGGGCGGCCCUCAGGAUCACCUCGCUGGACCUCCUCGCCGAUCCAGUAGUGAGGAUCCAAAAAAAAUACUUCAUCCCACUCUUCGCUUUAUUAAAUAUAGCGUUACCUGUCUGGAUCCCUGUUUACUACUGGGAUGAAACUCUGAUUAACAGCUUCGUGUUGAGCUUCGUUACCAGAUUCACAAUAACUCUGAACAUAGCGUUCAGCGUAAACAGUUUCGCCCAUCUCUGGGGAAACAAACCUUAUGAUAAAUUUAUCAAGCCGUCGGAAAACCCGUUAGUGAGUUUGGCUGCGCUAGGAGAAGGCUGGCAUAACUACCACCACGUGUUCCCCUGGGACUAUCGGACGUCGGAACUGGGUCGCUUCAACGUAUCUACAAACUUCAUUGACUUAUUCGCUAAAAUUGGAUGGGCUUAUGACUUAAAAGCAGCCACUCCAACGGUGAUCACAAACAGAGCUCUUCGCAGUGGCGACGGUUCUCUAGUUGAAGAAGAAUUUGUGCAUUCCUUAAAAUCAUAGUAACCAAGUGAAAACAAUAAAAAUAACAUAAUAUACUAAUUAAAAUUUAAGUUUAAUAGAAAACAUUAUAUAGGAGUUAUUUUUUUAAGAAUACAGUCAUUUGGUUUCGAAAAAGUGACAAUUGUGACUGAUUGUUUAAUCAGAAAAUGUUUAAAAUAGAUACUUCGAAGCAUUUUUAAUUUAAAUUUGUGGAAGCGUUAUCCAAGAUAAUUAUAUAUUUUAAAUAUUAAAAUGUCACUCAAUUUCUACCAAUAAUUAUGUACAAACAUAAAGUUACUCUAUUUUGAUACUACAUAUUAUGUUGCACAAGGGAGCAACCAAAUAUAAAAUUUGUUGAGACCAAAAACUUAAAUUAGUAAUUAUUAGAGUAUAAUUAUUUUUAUAAAUUAUAUGUAACUUUAAAUUUCCCAUGUUCCUUUGAUAUUCUUAUUUCUAGAGACAUCUGUAUAUUUAUAAUUAUGUAAAAUUAAAUACAUUGAAAAAAAAUGUACUGCGGGUACUGAGGCCAUAUUAAUGGUAGCUGCCUCCACCUAGACCUAGCUUAGAUGAUCGAAUGGCGACGCCGAUAGCUUGAAUAAGGAAAUUCGUUCAAUACUUUAUUUUCCCGCGAAUUGUGAAACUCGCGGGCAAAUAAGUUAUACUAUUUGAUACGAUUGACUAUUAUUAUUAUAAAACAGUUUACUAGAAAACAUUAUAUUAUGUAUCAUAACGUCGAGGCUUAGUUUUAGCAUAGGUUAUUAUUUACUCUUUGUAUUUUAAUUAAAAUUAAAACAUUGAUACUAUUUCAUUACAAGAUUUUAAAUAACGCCAUCUAGU